AUGGACUUCUGUGUUUCUUCUUCGCAGGAGGUGUUUGAGCUUAAGCAUGUGAUCCGUAUGAGCCCCGGCCUGUGUGACGAGCUUUGGUCUUGGGUCAUCGUCAGCCCGGUGUGCGUCGCCAAUCUGAUGGCUCAGGUGCUUGAGUCUCUGUAUGCGACGGAUGCCUCCGAUCAUCUUUUGGCGGCGGCUGCUGCGCCACUCCCUUGUGAAGGUCGGUAUAACCAACACAUAAACGUUAAAGAGCUUAAGGCUUAUCUUGCUCUUGAGAGAGAUGGAGCCCGGCUUCACGUUUCUGUUCGGUUGUUAGCCCUGUUGGAUAGUCAAGUGGCUCUGGCCGCUCUGCUGAAGGGGCAUUCCUCGAGCCCAGCUCUCAACACUUUGUUGCGACGAUCCCUCCCCUACAUGCUCGGAUCAGACCUAUACUCUGGCCUUUCCUUUGCAAAGUCGGAAGAGAAUGUUGCAGAUGAUCCGACCCGGCAUCGGGCGUGUCGUGAGCCAGUUGAAGAGCUUCCGCCUUGGUUCGGUGCUUUAGCCGCAGGCAACUCUGAGCCCUUGGACUUUUGGCUCUCGCGACAAGCAGAUCUGGCAUCGGCUCGUGAAGCCGAACCCUUCCGCCCUGAAGAUUUAGUCCGAGAUUUCCCGGCUCCCGCUCAGCACGGCCCUUCUCUCGAGGAACCGGUGGCUGCACUGGCGGACCGUCCGCAAGAGCCCCGGCAAGCUCCUUCUGAGGUUGGUCAUGCAAGUGGGCGAGCGACCCGGGCUCGCCGCACGCGAUUGCUCGAGCAGGCGAAGGUGCGCCAAGUCGCUGUUAAGGUGACGGUGCCUCCAGGCUUGGACUUAGGCCCUAAGGCGGGCCUCUUGUUCUUGAGCUCUCUGCCGAGGCACUGCUUUCUCCCGAGGACUGGGCGACUCAACUUGAGUGAAGCUGGCGCUCUCGAUAUCGCUAUCGGAGAACCCAGCAUAGGCCGUGCCCUGCAGAAGUUAGGAGCCCCUUGGGUUUUAGUGUUGGGAGUUUCACAUCUCCCUCAAGGUGUCUUCGAAGAGGUGACGCUAGAUAACCGAUUCUCUGCAUGGAUAGGAGCAGCUGUUGCCUCCCUUCGUCCUGAGAUCGCAUUUUAUGUUGUGGCUCCCGACUCGAGCUUCGUGUGGCGCGCUCCGGCACUCAGUGAGUUUGCAGAUCCUGCUGGAACCCAGCUCUGUCGUGUCGACCUCUGCCGGUACGGGAGUCCUUGGCAAAAGCGAAGUCGAAUCGCAAGCAAUGGGGCUAUUGCUGGCCUCCGCCUUUUCUGCAAAUGUGACGUGAUGCAUCGUAGGCUCCGUGGCAGGGUUGCGUUGGCGGCUUCCGUGCGUGUUGGCUGGCUGCAGCCUGAGCCACUCGCGGUUGCUCGAGUCUCCAAGGUUGCCGGGCUCCCCCUGAAUGCCGCCAUCGCUAGAAUAGGUAGUGCCCGACCCGGAGAAGCCCUAAAUCCUGGACCCCGUAAGCCUCGCGUGUUGAGCCGAACCACCGGCCUUGAGUCCCGGCCGCUGCUCGGCCAGCAGACCCUCGGGCUGGGGGAGCAAGGAUGGUCGUCUUUCCUGUCUUGGUCUCGGUCUCGUCUCUCUGUCGACCCUCUCGAUCUCUUUAGCCGUAGCGCCGCGCUCCUAGCCAUGGCUCUGCGUGCUUACGGCAACUGGCUUUACAGUUCUGGCGGCUCUCUGUACUCGCUACGACACACUCUGCUGGCAAGCCAACGGAAGUAUCUGGAUCUGCGGCCGUAUUCAAGGAUCGUCUGGGAACUGGUUACCAGAUGGGAGCAUGUGGAACCUCCUCAACACCGGACUCCGGUUCCGGAGCCGAUCUUGAAGGCGAUUGUCUCUCUGACCUGGAUGCUAGGGUUUCGCUCUUUCGCUGGAGCAGCUCUUUUGGCCUUUUAUGGUCUGGGCAGGAUUGGCGAAGUCCUGCAGUGUACUCGUGGAGACCUGCUCUUGCCCUCCGACGACCUUUGGAACCAAAGUGGAGCUGUUUUUCUGCGGUUAGGAGCUUCAAAGACGUCCACCCGGGGUCGCCCUCGGGUACAGCACCUGAAGAUCAUCGAUGAGACUGCAAUCGCUCUCAUUUCGAUCGCCUUUGGAGGCCUGGCUCGGUCGCAACCACUGUUUGCUCAAACACCUGCAGCCUUUCGCUACCGCUGGAACAAGGCCCUACGGUCCUUGAACCUUGACGCGGGCCUCCGUCUUACACCGGGAGGACUACGAGGUGGCGGCGCUGUUGAAGCCUACCGACGAGGGUUGCCUGUGACUGAGAUCCAGUGGCGUAUGCGGCUCAAAAACCUUCACACUCUCGAAUUCUAUCUCCAGGAACUUGGAGCCGUAUCAGCUUUGGCGGCGUUGAACAGGCAGCGACUUCCCGAGUGCAAGCCGCUGCCGCCUGCUUUUCUGCUCUGUCUUCGUGCACGGUAUAAUUCCAGGAGCCCGCGCUCUUUAUUCCCGUACAAGCCUGCGGCCUGA